AUGUGGUUGCCAUUCAGCACGAGAGAUGGCAAAGGAGCCUCACCCUCAUUGUCACAACUGCUCACCCUGUCAACACUCGCCGCUCUCGCUCCUUUGAGUGAAGCACAAUUCCCGCCAUCUCAAGCUGUCGGCUUGAAGACGGUCACCUCACCUUCCAACCCGAACAUCAAGAUCUCGUACAAAGAACCCAAGGAUGUCUGUACGACUGCUUUCAGACGGCAGAAGCAGUACACCGGCUGGGUUACCGUCCCCGGCGAGUACCCAACACACCUCUUCUUCUGGUUUGUUGGUGCCCGCGAGCCAACCUCUGCGCUGACAAUGAUGCUCAACGGCGGGCCCGGCGCGAGUUCCAUGUUUGGCCUGUUCGCCGAGAAUGGCCCUUGCCAGGUCGUCGAGAAGGGCGCCAGCCGCCUGGAGACGGCCGCCAGAGAAUGGGGCUGGGACAGAGCCUCCAACAUGCUUUUUGUCGACCAGCCCAACCAUGUCGGUUUUUCAUACGAUACUCCCACCAAUGGUUCUCUGGACUUGACGACCGGGAUGGUGUCGCCUAACAUGCAAUUGCCUGAUAACCUGCCUCCCAGCCUCUUUCUCAACGGCACAUUCUCCUCAAACAACAUCCAAAACACCGCCAACACGACUCAGAAUGCUGCCAUGGCCGUCUACCACUUGCUCCAGGGGUUCCUGAGCACCUUCCCCGAGUACGUCCCGGACAAGUACAGCCCGUUGGGCGUCAACCUCUUUACGGAAAGUUAUGGCGGCCACUACGGGCCUGUCUUUGCCGACACCUGGCAGAAGGAGAAUGACAAGCUUUCAAAGCGCGCAAUGCCUCUUUCCAGACGACAGGAUGAUGCCAACAAUAUCCAAUCCCGUCCCCCCAAGGGCGGCAGUGGUAACCGCGAAAUCAAACUCACUUCGCUUGGCAUCAUGAACGGCUGCAUCGACGACCUCGUCCAAGGCUCCCGCUACGUCGAGAUGGCCAUCAACAACACGUACGGCAUCAAGCUGAUCGACCAAGCCACGGCCGACGCCAUCACCUCGGGUUUCAACGCCCCUGACACGGGCUGCAAAGACCUGAUCCUCGCCUGCCGCCAAGCCCAAGCCGCUCUCGACCCGCUGGACCAAGGUACCGACGAAACCGUCAACCAGGUCUGCGCCUACGCCUCGCUCACCUGCCAACAACUGCUCGGCUCCGUGCUCGCCAGCGGCGCUAACGCCUACGACAUUGCGCACAUGGGUCCCGAUGCGUUUCCCGAUUACCACUACCUCGAGUACCUCAACUCGCGCCGCGUGCAAGAGGCUAUCGGGUCCGUGGUCAACUACACGGAUAUUUCGCCCGUAGUCUACCAAGCCUUUUUCCAAACCGGCGAUAGGGCUCGCGGCGGGUUGAUCGCCAAGCUAGCUUCACUUCUGCAGCGUGGCGUGCGCGUCGGUCUGGUGUAUGGCGACCGCGAUUACAUCUGCAACUGGAUGGGCGGCGAAGCCGUGUCUCUGGCUCUUGCCGACGCCAUGAAGGAUUUGGAUCCCAAGAGCCCGUAUCCGACCAAGUUUCCGCAGGCUGGGUACGAGAACAUCCAGACCAAUAACAGGGAGGUCGGCGGAGUGGUGAGGCAGUUUGGCAAUCUCAGCUUCAGCAGGAUUUAUCAGUCAGGUCAUUUCGUGCCUGCUUACCAGCCUGAGACGGCGUUCCGGGUGUUUGAGCGCAUUAUCGGCGGUAAAUCGGUUGCCACGGGUGCUAGAGUCAACCUGAGGGACUUUGCGACUCGGGGACCCAAGAAGGCUGAUAAACAGCUCCAGGCUCCCAAGGAUGUGAGCGCCAAGUGCUUUGUGAGGAAUCUGGGGUCGACUUGUACGCAGGAGCAGGUCAUGGCGAUCUUGAUGGGCGAAGGCGUGGUGAUUAAUGGGGUUUGGUAUAAGGAGAAGAAGGAUUGGAGUCCAGUGACGGCUAGAAGUCAGACAGCGGAGCCGGAGUCUAAGAGAAGUCUGGUGGGUAGGGCUGCGAGGUGGUUUGAGUAGGGUGUGUGCGCGUUUGUCCUAUCUCAUAGUGAACGCAUGCUCUUCAGAGAGCGCUUGAUGAUGCUGGAUAACACUAGAUGUCAGUUAGUAGCUAUGGUUAAUGAGUAUCAGUAGGUAAUGAUAACGAGUAUUUGUUAUGUG